CAACAUUUGAUGCAGUGAGCUAAAUCAGACCCGAAGAUGCCCGACCCACAGUGCACUCCGAUUGUAAUUGACAACGGAUCUGGAUGGAUCAAGGCUGGAUUGGCCGGAGAGGACGAACCAAGUGCCGUGUUCCCCACCGUCGUCGGAAUCGAAGAUGUCCAUAAAAAAGUGUUCGUAGGUGAUGAGCUGCAGGGCUGCACGGAAGAGGAAUUGGUUCGGACUAAUCCGAUAAAGCACGGGGCCAUCACCGAUUGGAAUGCCAUGGAAAAGGUUUGGCACUAUACAUUUCACAAUCAGCUGUACCUUGCUCCUGAAGAGCACCCUGUGUUGCUGAGUGACGUCCCUCUCAAUCCGAAGGUUUAUCGUGAGAAAAUGGCACAGGUUAUGUUCGAAACGUUCAAGUGCCCAGCACUGUACAUGGCAAACCAAGCCGUCUUGAGUUUGUAUGCCUCUGGUCGUACAUCUGGAAUUGUGCUGGACUGUGGCCACGACGUAACGCAUAUAGUUCCGAUCUUCAGAUGUUAUGCACUCCCACAUGCCAUUCGGAGGCUAAACUUUGCGGGAAGGAAUCUGACGGAUUACCUAGCUAAACUUCUAACCGAGAGAGGAGUAUCGAUUGAGACAGAAAUCGUUCGCGAUAUCAAGGAAAAGCUUGGAUACGUGGCCUUGGAUUUUGAAAAAGAAAUGGAAUCGGCCUCGGAAAGGUACUUUCAGCUUCCAAACGAAAAAAGCAUCACAAUUGGUAAUGAGAGCUUCCGCUGCGCGGAGGCUCUGUUCCAACCGGAACUCAUGGAAUUGGAAAGUUCCGGCAUCCACCAGAGUCUGUACGAUUCGAUAAUGAAGAGUGACAUCGAUGUUCGGAAGGAUCUGUUUUCGAAUGUGAUUCUUUCGGGUGGGUCCACCAUGUUUGGAACGAUUCGAGAACGACUGGAACGAGAGCUGGCUGCACUGGCUCCGAAAGCGGCAAAGAUUAACGUGAUUGCCCCAGCACAAAGAAAGUUUUCCGCUUGGAUUGGUGGCUCCAAUCUGGCUACGCUGAGCAGCUACACGGAACUGUGGAUUACGAAGGAGGAAUAUGAUGAGUUUGGAUUGGAUAUCGUUCAACGCAAGUGUUCUUAGGUUGAGUGAUUGAA